UCCUGUCCUGAUUUACUUUUACUCAUUUAGCAGAGGCUUUCAUGCAGUCCUUCGCAGGAGAUUGUCAAAAAGACGCGCUUCCAACAACAGGAUGUUCUAAACCUUUGAGUUAAGGUGAACCUUUUCCUACGAGGAGCACCGGUGAACUGAACGUGCAGAUGCUGAAGAGGACAGGCAGACGCUGCUUCGGCGGCCGAAGAGCACUCUGGGAUCCUCCGGAGCAGAUCUUCAUGACCACAGUUAAGAUGUCGUGGCACUCCGUGUACAGAAGCUCCAAGUUCCGGCACGUUUAUGGAAAAGCGGGAAGCAGGGAGCAGUGUUACGAGGGAAUUCCCAUCACUCACAGCGUGCACGACAACCACUUCUGCGCCGUUAACCCCAAGUUCCUGGCCGUGGUCACCGAGAGCGCCGGAGGAGGAGCGUUCCUCGUUAUCCCACUUCAUAAGCCGGGGAGGAUAGACCCUCAUCACCCCAAGGUCUGCGGACACCAGGGCGGUGUGAUGGACAUCAAGUGGAGUCCGUUCAUGGACAACAUCAUCGCGUCCAGCUCCGAGGACUGUACGGUGAGAAUCUGGCAGAUUCCCGACGGCGGUCUGAGGAGGAACAUGACCGACGCUCUGAUGAUCCUGCUCGGUCACAGCCGGAGGGCGGGGCUUGUCGAGUGGCACCCCACCUGCAGCGGCAUCCUGCUCAGCGCCGGAUACGACUGCAAGAUCCUGAUCUGGAACCUGGAGGAGGGCGUGGCUGUGAAGAUGAUUGACAGCCAUCCUGACGUCAUCCUCUGUAUGUCCUUCAACACUGACGGGAGUCUGCUGGCCACCAGCUGCAAGGAUAAGAAGCUGCGCAUUAUUGAUCCACGCUCAGGGAAAGUUCUGCAGGAAGCAGACUGUAAAAGCAGCCGAGUGAACCGCGUGGUGUUUCUGGGUAAUCUGAAGCGGGUCCUCACCACGGGCGUCUCCAGGUGGAACACCAGACAGAUUGCAUUGUGGGAUCAGGAGGACCUGUCCGCUCCCGUCACGGAGGAGGAGAUGGACGGCCUGUCCGGAGUCCUCUUCCCUUUCUACGACGCCGACACACACAUGCUCUAUCUGGCCGGGAAGGUGAGCCGCUCUCCUUUAAGACGUCCGAGUCGUGCAGAACUGUGUCUCAUCCUGCCGUCACGUCCGCAGGGAGACGGGAACAUCAGGUAUUAUGAGGUGAGUGCUGAGAAACCCUUCCUGCGGUUCCUGAUGGAGUUCAGAUCGCCCGCUCCGCAGAAGGGUCUGGGAGUGAUGGCCAAGCGCGGCGUGGAUGUGAGCGAGUGUGAGAUCUUCAGGUUUUAUAAGCUGGUGACUCUGAAAGGUCUGGUGGAGCCCAUCUCCAUGAUCGUCCCGCGCCGGUCGGAGACCUAUCAGGAGGAUAUCUUCCCGCUGACGGCGGGCACGGAUCCGGCUCUGUCGGCCGCUGAGUGGCUCAGUGGGAUUGAUAGAGGGCCGCUGCUGAUUUCUCUUAAAGAAGCUUAUAAACGUCCAAAUCCAGCGGGUCUCAGAGCAUCUAAACGGGACAGACGGACAGUAAAGGGCAUCGAUCUGCUGGAGAACAUUUCGCCAAACACAGACAAAGAGCAGCUCCUGAAGACGGUCUACAGGCAACAGGACGAAAUAAGAAAACUUAAAGAUGAACUCGGAGGAAAAGACGAGAGAAUCAGACAACUGGAGCUGGAGCUCAAGAACCUGAGAAACACGUGACGAGCAAAGCAUAGCUGCUAGUUUGGCUAAAAACUAUUUUUAAUGAAUUUAUGGAAUUAAAUAACGUUAUUGAAGAUGGAUGCACGGCUUUCAGUUUUGGUUUUAGAUGGACAGUUCACCCUAAAUUUUUAAUUCAUGGAUUAUUUACUCACUCCCAUGUCUUUCGAACCAAUAUGACGACAUUUAUUUACUAUAAUAACAGCUUUGAAGUGAUAGUUAGCCUUUACUUUCACCUCAACAGAAGCUCUGAUAUUGAGGUAAACAGGCAAGUAGUAAUUCAUACUGGUUUAGGAGGACAUAUCGGUAAGUAUUUGAUGAAUUUUCAUGUUUUGGUGAACUCUUUCCUUAAGAUGCAGAUGUGCGAAUGAAGUCUUGACGUGUAAAAACUUUUAUGAUGUGCAGAUGUGCUUCUUCGUCUGUAGAGGAAGCGUGUGAAGUUCUUCCGGUUGUUUGUCAGAAGAUGGCGCCAAAGGAGAGAGCAAACUCAUCUCAAAGUCUCAAUCCGCUUCAUACACGAGAUUUGUGCUCGUUAUUUAUGCUUGUGUGAUGUGAAGUGGGACAUGAUAUGUUUACUCGACAAAUAAAAUACUGCUUAACCACUGUGAA